AUGACAAGGAGAUUGGAAAACGCAAAGUACCACUGCGGUUCCCUAUUGAGACUUUACAAGAGCUGUCUAGUUGAGUGUAGAAACCUAGAAUGUCAUUUUGGAAUGAAGACUCAACCGUUGUACAACUACAUUGAGAAUAAAGUAUAUCCAUCUGAUAUAGUAGAAAAGUUCUUGUUGGCUAUUUCCAAAUGUAUAAUUGUGCAAGAAGAGAGUGAAGUGGAAGACCGAUAUGCAGACUCCCUUUUGGGAUGCGACCUGAUGAAAGGGGUGGAUGAAGCAAUAAAGAAACGUGAAGCGGAAUUGAAUAGACACUGGAAAAGACAAUCCAUAUUGUUUAAUGGAAUCAAGGAGAAGGGAAAAGAUGUGACUGGUCUAUAUAUACAGCAUCCUUGCGAGUUUUUUGAAACAAGUUUGGGAAGGGCUAUUGUAGAAUAUUGUGGUAGGAAAACCAUAUUUAACAUGCUUGUAUUUCACCGUACAUUUAUACCAGGUCAAAUUGAGAGGCCGGGUACUCUGGAUAUUUUGGACUAUAUAAAUGGCGUAGAAAAUGAUCAUAGCCAACUUGGCGAUGUGCUGGACGGUGUUUUAAAUGGAAUGCAGAGGUUUAAGAUUAAAAAAAGGUGCAUGCAUAUACCUCGCCCAGAUAUUUUGAUACAAUGUUCUGGUCAGCUUUUAUUAAAGAUGCAAAGUGUGCCUAGUACAAAAGAGGUUUGUAUGCAAGAGAGUUGUUUUCAGAGGACUCAUGUACACAAACAAAAGACUUGGUCAGAAAUUAUUGUAUUUAGAAACCAAAUUCUAUAUAGUGAUAGUUUUAACAAAAAGGUUGGUUUACCUUAUAGCUCAAUAGUUGGAAGAAUUAACGUGGAAGAUAAGCAAGCAGUGUGGAGGCUCUUGAGUAUGAUCCUUACGAGUGGUGCAAUUUGUGACCGUUGUACCUUGACAAGAAGGACUGAAAUUGCGAAUUUUUUCAAGAUUGUUCCAGACGAAAGGCCUGGGUAUCGUACCAUGGCCAGACAUGGUACUCUGAAAUACGGACUCUAUAGAGAAUUUUUAGAUUUCCUCGUGAGAGCCAAGGGAAUAAAAUGGAGUAGUAUCAUAAAGGUUUGCAAGAGCACACAAGUGGCUAGCGCUAGCUCUAAUUUUCGUACGGUAAAGGUCUCUAGGGUGUAUACAUUUAUUAAGCUAGUGAUUAAAGCUACGAUAUCUCCAACGUUAUUGUGCGGGUAUCACAACUAUUCCAGGUUCUUGGAAGUGUGCUUCUCGCUAAUAAGAUUAAACAAGGGUGAAAAUAUCACAAUGGCACAAGUUAUGCACAAGUUCCGCGUAAAGGGAUGUACCUGGUCAAAUUGCGGAAGUUUUCACUCCAAAGGCCAAACUCGCACGAUUUUGAAUUAUUUAUGCAGGAUUAUAUUCUUCCUCCUCCAGUACUUUAUUAUUCCCAUUUUACGUUCGCAUUUUUAUACUACCGAAGCAUCCUUUUCAAUGUAUAGGUUGCAUUAUAUAAGGAAGGUAACUUGGUUUAAAAUGGUACAACACGCAAAUAAAAGACUGUUAAACUCAUCAACUGAUUUCAAGUUAUCUACGAGUGAUCAUGGAAUACCCUUGAGGUGGUCUCCAAAGCAGUCUGGAAUGCGGCCUAUUAUAAAUUGCAACAUUUAUACCAAUAAUGAUAGGAAAUCCAUAAAUGCAGUCAUGAGACCCAUUCAUAGAGCGUUAUCUUUAAACUGCAAGUUGGUCCGUGUUCUUGGGAAUGGUGUUUUAGGUUUCCCUAGAGCUCACAGGAAACUGCAAAAUUGGUGGUUCCGUUUCAUGCGGAUAAUUCGAAAUAAUAAUAUGAAAAAUGUUAACUUGUAUUAUCUUGUUGCAGAUUUGUCAAAUUGUUAUGGGAACAUACCUCAUUCUGAGCUUUUGAGAAUUGUAGAGGGUCUUCCAUUGGUGGAUGUCCUCUUUUCCAAGGUGUACAGGAGAAACCUAGUAGGUAAUGCUCCAGAUGUGAACUCUUAUGGGAAAUUUGUGGAGUUGGCUUCUGCCACUGGAACGUACUCAAAAAAUCUUGCACAUAUUCAAAAAGAGAGUCUAAUUUCUGGGUCUCAUGGAUCUUGUGUGCUUGUAUCAAAAUCGUCAUCAAAUGGCUUUACUAAAGUGACUAGACAUGAAAUUUUGAGAGCAGUUUCAUCUUUGCUUAAUUUGCAACACAUUCAUUUGCCAAAAACAAAUAAUUCUAGGUUUAUACAUUCUGGUAUAGGGGUGCCACAGGGAUGCUGUAUAUCAAAUAUUUUAUGUAGCCUAUUUUUAGCAGAUAGAGACAAGAAUAUCGCACCUUUGUUGGAAUCAAUCUCUAGUAACGGUAGAAAGCUUCCGAAUCUACUCCUUCGUUGGAUUGAUGACUUUUUGUUUGUGUCCACUGAUCAAUCCACAGUACAAGAAUUGUACAGACGCCUGUAUGACGGGGUUUUUGGUAUCAGUUUGAAUUUAUGCAAGACAAAUUCUAAUUUGGAUAUUUUUUCCAAAGAAGGGAACCUAGAAUGUAGUAAUAGUCCUCUAGAGUGGAUUAACUCUAGAUUUGAAUUUGACAUUCAAAAGGGUCUUAUAAAUGUAAAACUGCUUCCUUGCAAAUCACAAGAGUGUAAGAUCAGGGAUACUCUUUGUCUUGCAAGUCACUCUGGGUUUUCUUUUAUGUUUAGUUUUUUGGAGCAACGGAUUAUUGGAUAUUUGACAAAUAAAUUAUGUCACAAGAUUUACACUUCAACGAAGAUUAAUAGUAUUGAUUGUAUUUUAGAAAAUUCGUAUACAGCCAUGUUAAUUUGUGCUUUAAAGCUAUAUUGUGCACUUGAAGUGCUAGUUUUUGAUUUUGGUGGCUUUAUCAAUGCAAAGUAUAUUUAUAAACUUUUAUGUAGACUCGUUUAUUGUACAGAGUCGUUGGUCGCAAGAGGGGGCUUGAAAACUCAAAAAUAUCACUUGGAUAAGCUCCUAAUGAUGGCAUUUGUGCAUGUGUUUUCAAGGGAAGAUACCCAUGAUGGACAAUCUAGGAGGAAGUUCAAUCUGGUGAUGAAGAAAUGCAAUAUGCAUCAAGUUAUUAGGAAAUUGAAGUAUAUAAUUCACUCUGUUCCAAAUGUGAAGUACUUGUACAAAAUUUCCUCUAGAGGAAAAUGUAUAGUAUAA